ACUUGCAGGUAGUCCCAUCUGUAGUCGGGUCUGUAGCUCACAUUCCCUCCCCCCCUAAAGGCCCCUACCACUAAGAAUCCUCCUCACUUCUCUCUCCUCCAGCUCCUCUCUCUCCUCCGGCCUUUUCCCUCUCCACUUGCAUUUGCAUUGCAUUUCGCCCAUUUCCAUCCAUCCACCAACUUCAGCCGGCCGAGCUCCUGUUUUCGCCCAUCAUCAAUUUCUCACCUCGAAAGUCGCUCUUUUCUGCUGCUCGACCUGAGCUCGACUUGAAUCUGAGUAUCGUCGCCGCUCUCCUCGAUUCAUCUCUCGACACCGCCCCCUUGGUCCUCGGAGAUCGCCCAAUCUCACCUCCCGUCGCGCGUAAAACCACCCGACAACAAAAGUUGACUGGUCGAUCACGAUGAACUCGCAAGGCAACAGUGAUGUCUCCCCCGAGGCUAUGCAGUCGCGAAUUCAGCAGGCUCGUCGCGAAGCCGAAACUCUGAAGGACCGAAUUAAGAGGAAGAAGGAUGAUCUCGCCGACACAACUCGUACGUGCUUCCCGAUUGCCUAGUCGCCCCGAAUUCCUCUGGGAAACGAAACGAAGAUGGCUAUCAACAAUGAUAUUUAUCGACACGCGUCUUGUCAACAUAUCGUUGUAAACUAUGAAUUAAUGCUGACUUGGUCCUUCUCAAUUGUUUAGUUCGCGCUGUCGCACAACAGGCUCAUGAGCCUAUUCCCAAGAACCAGCUUAUGAAGGCCAAGCGAACACUGAAGGGUCACCUGGCUAAGAUUUACGCCAUGCACUGGUCGACCGAUAGGAGGCACCUGGUUUCGGCUUCUCAAGAUGGCAAGCUCAUUAUUUGGGAUGCCUAUACCACCAACAAGGUCCACGCCAUUCCCCUGCGUUCCUCAUGGGUUAUGACUUGCGCCUAUGCACCCAGUGGUAACUUCGUGGCUUGCGGUGGUCUCGACAACAUCUGCUCCAUCUACAACUUGAACCAGCAACGCGAUGGUCCUACCCGUGUUGCUCGUGAGCUUUCUGGUCACGCCGGUUAUCUUUCCUGCUGUCGAUUUAUCAACGACCGCAGCAUCCUAACAUCCUCUGGUGACAUGACCUGUAUGAAGUGGGAUAUUGAGACGGGCCAGAAAGUUACUGAGUUUGCUGACCAUCUUGGUGAUGUGAUGAGCAUCAGCCUCAACCCUACCAAUCAAAACACCUUCAUCUCUGGUGCUUGUGAUGCUUUCGCCAAGCUUUGGGAUAUUCGCGCUGGAAAGGCUGUCCAGACCUUUGCUGGCCAUGAGUCCGAUAUUAACGCCAUCCAAUUCUUCCCUGACGGCCACUCUUUCGUGACCGGAUCGGAUGAUGCUACUUGCCGUCUCUUCGAUAUCCGCGCGGAUCGCGAACUUAACCUCUACGGAUCCGAGUCUAUUCUCUGUGGUAUCACCUCGGUGGCUACAUCUGUAUCAGGUCGUCUUCUUUUCGCUGGUUACGAUGACUUUGAGUGCAAGGUUUGGGACAUUACUCGAGGCGAGAAGGUUGGCUCUCUCGUUGGCCACGAGAACCGUGUCAGCUGCUUGGGCGUAAGCAACGAUGGCACAAGCUUGUGCACAGGAUCUUGGGAUUCUCUGCUUAAAAUCUGGGCAUACUAAUUGUUCCUUGCGACUAUGAACCUUUUGUCUGGAUAUAUAAAUGCCAGUACGUGCCGCGGCGACUAUACCAUCUGUGUUCGAACGAUUAUAUUGCCCAUCGAAUCCGAAAUCCAAGGACGCCUACCUUGAUCGCGACUACUAGCGAAUGCAGGACGACGUGACGAACCGCACCUUACCUUUAACACAUACCCCUACCGACGACUUUCCCCGGCCGGACUCGAUUAUUCGUGGUGGAUUUGGGGAAGAAAAUACACUGGCUGAUGCGAUACCUCCUUUUCAUUAUUCCCUAUUUACUGUUUUCCCCGUUUCCUGUUUUUUCUCGCACCUGCAAAAUUCUCUGCACCAUAGUUUCCCCUUUUCUGACACAACGCGGGCUGUUAGUAAUGGGUGGUUGUAUUAUUGGAUGGGUUUCCUCUGUUCAGUUGCCCUUUGUAUGCGUAUCGACUCGACGGCACAUGUCUUUCGGUUCCGGGCUGUUUCUACUGCAAAACGAAUAAUUCAAGGAGCCAAGAUCUGCAAUGCCGUGGGGGACGAUUUUAUAUGAGGGGAAUCCACGGGAGUUGACGGCUAUACCGAGCAAAAAUUUCAGACCUCGAGAUAAUACAUCAUGAUGUUUCAAAACUAUACGCCUUUUCUCCUGCCAUUGCGAAUCUUUGCCGACGUUCCCAUUGUUGUGUCAACUUGAGGCCUGAGUCUCGGCGCUGAGCGCGAGCUUGAAAGCUCCGACUGGACCACUGGUCUCGACGAGUAAGGAACAUCCAAACACACCGUUUAUCGAAUCCGUAUGGCAAAGGGUUUCCAGGGGGUUAUGGCAAUUACGGACGAUAGCAUAUUGAUGUCACACCUGUUGGUAUCGCUCUUGAUGUCUUGUCACUGUUGCUUCCGACAGUUGUAACCAAUGGGCAGGCUUUGGCAAGGAGAGCCUAGUAGGACACGAUCACCAAAAAGGGAGACAAGCGUCGCCAGUUGUAUAGUGUACUUGCUGUCAGACGUGUGUGUUAAGUCAGGCGGCUACUAGAGAUAAUGCGUAGGUGCUGUAGAAGGGACGAAAUAGACAUUCUAAUAAAGUUUUCCGUCAACGUUCCACACUUAACCCGUUUGUCUUGCCGGGAGGCUAGGCAUAUUAUAUGGAAAUUUGUUUAUAAUAUAAGGCAUGAGUGAGC